AUGGAUUUCGACAGUCUCAAGAGUCAGGUCAGCAACCUGACCCUUUAUGACCUCAAAGCUGGUGUACGAAAGGUCCAAAAUGCUGUCAUGAACUUGACCGAGAUGGAAGCCAAGGUCCGUGAAGCGACGAACGGAGAUCCUUGGGGUGCCUCUGCCACCUUGAUGCAGGAGAUCGCUCAAGGCACACAUAAUUAUCAACAACUGAAUGAAAUCAUGCCCAUGAUCUACAAGCGGUUCACAGACAAGACUGCAGAAGAAUGGAGGCAGAUAUACAAGGCAUUACAACUGCUCGAGUACCUCGUGAAACACGGUUCAGAACGAGUGAUCGACGACGCCAGAUCGCAUCUCUCCCUCCUCCGGAUGCUCCGACAAUUCUAUUACAUCGACCCGAAUGGCAAAGAUCAAGGGAUCAACGUCCGAAACAGGUCCGCCGAGCUCGUCAAAUUGUUGAGCGAUGUGGACGCCAUCCGCACAGAAAGAAAGAAAGCCCGAGCCAACAGGAACAAGUACGCUGGUGCCGAGGGCGGGGCUGGUUUGGGAGGAGGCUUCUCCAGCGGCAGCCGGUACGGCGGGUUUGGCAGCGAUACUGGCGGAUUCGGCGCUUACCAGGGAGAAGUCUACGGCGAUGGCGGCGGUUUCGGCGGUCAGGAAACCGACUACUCUGAGACUCAACGCCGUGGGGACCAAUUCGAGGAAUAUGACGAGGCUGACGAUGUGGAAACUACCAGACCUGCAAGAAGUGCUGCAACCCGGACGGCAGCACCAAAACGAGAUCCCCCCAAACCCAAAGAGCCGGAGCAAGACCUCUUUGAUUUUGGCAAUGAACCAUCCACCACGACGUCAAAUGGCAAACCUGCAGCAGCUGCGUCCAGUGGCCUCGGCGAUAUUGGGGCAUUACAGAGUAGUGCGACCAACGACGAUGACGACUUUGACGACUUUCAAUCCGCGACGCCUGCAGCAGUACCGGCAAUUCCAAACCCUCUGGCCGCGUUCUCUCCUCCGCCAACCACUUCGACCACCACAUCCGCCACCCAGUUUGCUGCCCCUAAGCCCGUUGCGCCUGGUCAGACAGCAGGCUUCAACAACAUCUUUGCCACAGCAUCUCCCGCUCCUUCGGCGUCUCCGUCGAUAAUGUCACCAGCUCUGUCCACGCUCUCCUCGCCGCUCACGCAGCCGCAAACCACUGGAGGCUACAGAUCCAACGGACCGAACUACUUCACUUCUGUUCCAAUGGCGACCCAGUCUCAGGCGGCCGGGACAUCUACAGCGUCCACUCCGUUGGCUGGAGUAACUCUGUCAUACACGUCGUCCACAUCCGCCGCCUCGUUAGGCAAGCCAGCAUCAAAAUCAGGGUCGGCUAGUGGUGGUGACGUCUUUGGGUCCCUUUGGAGCACGGCCAGUAGCAAAGCCGGUGUCAAGAGCACAGGCGGGUCGCAGAAGGGCCCGGAUUUGGCAAGUAUGGCCAAGGCGAAGAGUCAAGCGGGAAUCUGGGGCGUGGCAUCAGCAGCAAGUUCGACACCAAAGCCUGGUACGGCUUCAGUUCCAGGGAAACCCAGCACACCACUGGGGAAUGGGUUGGACGAUUUGCUUGGGUAG